GCAGCCUAAACACUGUUUCCCUGUGUCUUUUGGUCUCAACAGUUGUUGCGUGCCUCUUCAUCGCUGACUGAAUAAAAGCAGCAUAUGCAGAUAUAUUUGCUGUCACUGCUGCCCGGCACACACGUAAUUCAUGGUUGUGGGACUCCGACUUCCUCAGUUUUGCUGCUUGAGAACAUCAAACAAGAACAUGCGUAUUGCCUCAGAGAGGACUACCGCUGAUUUGUACAGCAGAGAGGAGUUUUGCCGCUUGCUGGUUUUAUUCCCAGAAGGUUGUUUUUUUUUCACAAGCAACAGCAUUAACAGCAACCGCUGUGACCGAAAUGUAUUACAGAACUUGUGAAUUUCUCCAAAGCGCCCGUGUCCGUCACACCGCCGGCAUACGUGGGAAGACCUUGAGCGGUAAAAAAGGACAUAAAAUGACUGUGACUCACACUGCAGGUGUCAGAUUCCCACAUUGCUCAGUGGGCCACGGCAACGGGCGGAACCCAGGCGUAUCUACAGUAAGUCAACAGUUGCAUAACCGCCCGCUUUAUUAUGCAGGUGAACUUGUAUAAAUGACAAGAGGCAACAAGGGGAGCAGACAUUUGGAGCCACUCACACCUCAGGAUGGAUAAAGGCGGCUGGAAACCCGCCCUGGCUCUUGUUGUGGCGUUGCUCAGCACGUAUGCAGAAGCUACGUCUUCCCUGCACAUGGAUGACUUCAUCGAGGCGGUGAGGCGGGUGGAGGACGGCGACCCUGGGUCAGACCCAUUGGCUGUGUUGAGGAGGCUGCGCGGGGCCGCCGGCCUCAACGACGCGUUCAUUCGGCACUUCCUUGGCAGCGCCAACUCCGGCGGCCCCGAAUUGAACGCGAGCCUCUCGGGUUACCUCAGCAAGGCCAUGCACCACAGGGUGACGGAGGACGCCAAGGAGGAAGGUGUGGUCCUGACGCCCGACGGCACCACCGUUGCCCUCGCGCCCCUCCUCCUGGGCAUCGAGGCCGGUUUCCUCGCCAAGAUGGCGGGCCGCGUGCGGGGCCUCUACCAGCUCACUCUGGCCAAAGACCUGGACAGCUCUCCUCUCCUGGGACUCGACGGCUGCUGGGACAACAUCACCUCCCCUCAAGUCUUCACCCUCCUCAGCAGCAGCCCCUCUGCGCUCACCGCCGCUCGGGUCAACGGAGGCAUGGACGGCGCGGUUCUAGGGAUGGAGGUCUCCGCUAAAGACGGACGCCCUCCUGCGCUCAGCGGCCUGCUGACGGAGUACUACUGCCGCCCGCUGGAGAGCGAAGGACUGAACGCCGCCCUGCGCCUCGUCAGCCGGCGCCGCAGGGAGAACUUCAGGGGGCUGGCCGCCCCUCCGGUGCUGGCCAGACAGGUGGUGAAAGCGGAAGAGCUGCAGAGGAGACUGACGGGGCGCUCGAAGCUGGAGGUGAAGGAGAAGAAGCAGCUGUUGGCUUUGGUGAAGGAGGGAAUGAAAGAGUUCGUCCAUAAGUACAUCGAUUGCCCGCCCAUCAUACCUCGCUGCAUGUGGGGCGCCGAGCCGUACAGAGGAACCCCCACCAACCUGUCUCUCCCUCUCUCCUUCAUGUACAUCCACCACACUCACACGCCGAGCCAGCCCUGCCUGACCUUCCAGCAGUGCGCCGCGGACAUGCGCUCCAUGCAGCGCUUCCACCAGGAGGACAGAGGCUGGGACGACAUCGGCUACAGCUUUGUCGCAGGCUCCGACGGGUACAUCUACGAGGGCCGAGGCUGGCUCCGACAAGGGGCCCACACCCUGGGACACAACUCCGUGGGCUACGGGGUUUCCUUCAUCGGGGACUACGUCACCGGGCUGCCCUCCCAGCACUCCAUGGAGCUGGUGAGGGAUAAGCUGGCAUCCUGCGCCGUCGGCGGCGGGAGACUGGUCGCCGACUUCGUCCUGCAGGGCCACAGACAGGUGGUGAACACUUCCUGUCCCGGCGACGCGCUCUACGCCGAGAUCAGAGGCUGGGAACACUUCGGGGAGGUCAAGAAAGGAAAAUGAUCUGAUUGGCAGGAGGAGGGCCUCGAGUGAACCAAAAGCUCAUCACAAUAAAUAUUGGUUUUAUUCUUA